AUGGACAUCAACGUGGACAAGACGAAAUACACACUUUUUGGUACCACCAACCCCCAUCCCCUCUCUCUUGAACUGCGCGGUAUCCCCCUAGGUCCGGAGAAGGCACCUAAACUCUUAGGCAUCACAUUCCAAAACUACCGAGGCAUGUCCACCCAUGUGGUUCAAACGAGACAACGCACGAAUUUUCGUUUACUACAACUCGCAGCAAUACCCUCAACCACAUGGGGACCGAAGCGUGACGUCCUCCGAGCCUUCUACCUGACACCAGUUCAAGCCCAGACACUCUACGGUUUUGAGGUCUGGUAUUGGGAUACGGCUCCCACUUCACGCAAACUCUCAUAUGCAGGUUAA